AUGAAACAGCUUCCAAAAACUCUUGCCUUAAACGAAAAAGAACUUUGCAAAUACUUUGAACCCGGGAAUCAUGUGAAAGUUGUAUCUGGUACUCUGGAAGGUGCAACUGGUAUGGUUGUUAAGGUUGAGCAGCAUGUGCUCAUCAUUUUAUCUGAUAUAACCAAGGAACAUAUCCCUGUGUUUGCUGAUGAUGUUGUGGAGAGUUCUGAGGUGACAUCUGCUAGUUGCUGUUCUGAUGCAGGAGCAUCUACAAGGCUCUCCAAGAGUCCUUGGGCCCGUUAG